AUGUUGAUCGCGGUCCUCCUCCGCCAUGGGCUUCGCCUGCUCUUCCCCGUCCUCCUCCCCGUCGCGCUAGCCACCACCCUCUGGCUCUACCUCUACCCCAUCUUCCAAGGCUGCGCGUUCCCCUCCCCUCCUCGCACGACAACGCGCGCUCCGCCUUUUUCGACACCGCGGCUCGAGGGCGACACCUCCAUCCCCAACGUGUACCUGGGCGUGAUGCCGCACUUCAAGAAGCUGGUGCGCCAGGUCACGGGCAAGACGACGCACUACUCGUUCCGCCAGCGCCUGCGCGCCAUCGCCCACUCCGUCGUCGACAUAUACCUCGAGGACCUCCCCAACGAGCUCGAGUCGCUGCGCAAGCGCCUCGACCACUUGGGCAACGACUUUACCUCGCCCAUAUUUACCGCACCCUCGACUGGUGGACCAGAGUUUGAGCGCCGCGGCAAGAGGUUCUGGGAGCGCGUGUUUGCCGGCGCCGAAAAAGUCGCCGACGAGCUCGCGCACUACCCCGCCGAGGAGUACGAUAUCUCGGGCUACCUCGGCGACUACCAGCCCGAGAUCGAGGACAUCAACGGCAGCGGCAGCGGCAACGACAGCGGCAGCGAUGAUGCCGCGGCGGCCUCGGGCAUCGGCGACCCGACCGCCUGGCGCCGCAAGCUCAUCAACGUCGCGGGCAACCACGACAUUGGCUACGCGGGCGACCUCACGGAGCAACGGCUCGCACGAUUCGAGCGCGUCUUCGGCAAGGCCAACUACGAGCUCCGCUUCGAGCUCCCCAUCACGGACCCCGUCGUCAACGCCACGCUCUUCGACGAGGACGCCAACGCGGACUCGGACCGCCUCGUGCCCGAGCUCCGCAUCGUCGUGCUCAACGACAUGAAUCUCGACACCCCCGCCGUCAGCGGCCCGCUACAGGACGCGACGUACAAGUUCAUCAACGACGUCAUCAACACCGCUACCGCCGUCGAGUUCAACGGCCACUUCACCCUCAUCCUCACCCAUAUCCCCAUGUACAAGCCCGCCGGCGUCUGCGUCGACGCCCCCUUUUUCGACUUCCACACCGAGGCCGAGGGCGGCGGCGUCAAGGAGCAGAACCUCUUGUCCGACGUCGCCAGCCGCGGUAUCCUCGAGGGCAUCCUCGGCCUCAGCGCCAGCGACCUCGCCCCCGCCCGCGGCAUGGGUCGCCGCGGUCUCGUCAUCAACGGCCACGACCACGCCGGCUGUGAUACCUACCACUUCGUCAACCAGACCAACGGCACCGUUGCCUCUGACCGCUCCUGGGAGGUUCUUCGUUUCCCCGAGGCCCAUGCCCUGGGCGUCCCCGGCAAGGACGCGCACCCGGGCGUUCGCGAAAUCACGGUGCGCAGCAUGAUGGGCAACUUCCACGGCAACGCCGGACUCUUGAGCAUGUGGUUCGACGAGUCCGCGUGGACGUGGCGGUACGAGUACGCCGAGUGCAAGCUCGGCACCCUCUGGCCUGGUGGCUCGUCCACAUCCUCGACCUGGUCCCUGGAGGAUAGGAGCACGGUAACGAGCAAGACGAAAGCGACGACCACGAAUGUGAAGAAUGAGGCGAGCAGCCAGUCCGCUGGUUGGACGGAGAAGAAGUUGUAA